AUUAAAGAACGAAAAUGUCGGAAUUAUCUCAAUAUGGUGUUUUCUUCGACGAAAUUGAUAAAAUGUGUAUUUUAGAACCCACAAAUUACAAACAGACAACCAAUUUAAAAGAGGAAAGUUUCAUCUAUGUGGAAAAAAUAGACGAGUUCCAAAAGAUCGCAGAUAAGUUUAUUUCUACAGUGCAAAAUUUGGGCGAAAAAAUUGAAGUUCAAAAAAUUAAAGCCAUUGGAGCGCGCAAUUUGUUGCAGUUAAUGGAAAAACAGAAAGAAAACAAUCAACAGCAGAUGCGUGCCAUAGUAAAAGAAGUGUCCAUGGAGGUAGAGAGGCUAAGGGUCCAACUGCAUUCUCUACAGAAAACUGAAGCGCAACAAACUGAUUUUUUGAGUCAAAUGAAACAUAACUAAUAUUUUUAUAAACUUUAUAUUAAACAAGGGAUAUAUCCAUAAGGGAAACUGAAUCUUGUUGUUUAAUUCAGGCUCAUUAUUCAAGCAACUUCCACCUUUGCUAAAUGCAUAUAUCAAACAUUUUAUAGGGCUUUUCAAAACUGAUUUUAUGCGAAUCUCUUAAUAAGAACUUGUGUACUCAUAAUGAAAGCCGAUUAAAUGUUUUAAAAAUGUUCACCACUUGCAACAUGUUCAAAAUAAAGGCAAGUCGGUAUGGAAAUUCCUUCUAGA